AUGAGGUGUAUCUCCAUCCUCUCAGCGGCAACAAUUGCUGCUGCCUUCGUGAUCCCGGAUCAGGUUACUCUCGAGUCCCUAUCUAUCGAGAACCAAGAACCCGACUACCCCUCUGAGCAUCCUUUUUGGAGCAACGAGCACCACGCCGAAACCUUCUGGGAGGAUCUUGAAGAGGAGUUUACAAAGGCUGUUGAUUCGGCCAAACAAGCAUUCACAGAUAUCGUUGACUCGGCUCGUGAGACCGUCAUCAGUUAUGGUGAAGAUUGCCAGGACGCCUUUGCUGGUGAGGCUUGGUUAGACACUGCAGAAUACGAUUUGGAUCUAUUUGAAGAGCCUCCUCAUCAUGGGCCCCCAGGCGGCCGUCCGCCUCACCGUGGCCCUCCUGGCAAGAAGCCUCGCCGCCCGCAUCAUCCUCACCACCGUCCGAAUGGGACCAUUUGGGAACUGAUCUCCAAGAGCAAAUAUACAACGAAGCUGGCCGCUGUGGUCAAGGAACAUCCAGAUCUCGUGGAGCUCCUGAACAGCACUAAAACGAACCAUACCCUCUUUGCUCCCACAGAUCGAGCAUUUGAGAAGAUCCCCAAGCAUGCUCCCAAGCCACCCAAGGAGUUCUUGGAGAAGCUCCUAACAUACCAUAUCUCGCCUGAAUUUUACCCUGCUCCGCGUAUCCUGGUCAGUCGGACUAUCCCAACUGCUCUUGAAGCCAAGUAUAUCGGAAAAGUGCCACAACGGCUCUCCACUCAGGUCUCGUUGAGAGGAUUAACUGUCAACUUCUACUCCCGCGUUGUGGCCAUUGACAUCUUUGCAACAAACGGAGUAAUCCAUGGCAUCGACAGCAUUCUGCUUCCUCCCCCCAAGGCUGUUGAUAUCAUUUCCGCUCUUCCCGGUGAAUUCAGCACCCUCGACCUCGCAUUAGAAAAGACCGGACUCUAUCCUGCUUUCAACGACACAUCGAGUCACAAGGGAGGCACACUCUUUGCGCCUUCAAACUUUGCCUUCAAACGACUUGGUCCAAGGAUCAACGCCUUCCUAUUCAGCAGGUUCGGCCUCAAGUAUCUCAAGGCUUUGAUUCUGUAUCAUGCUGGUGACAAUAUCACCCUGUAUUCGGACGCCAUCUACAAGUUGGAUGCGGAUGCUCUUGCACCACCUCAUCACAAGGUGCCCAAGGGGUUCAUUCAUGUGGAUCUCCCUACAGGCCUCGAAGGCAAGAGCUUGAGUAUCGACAUUGCUCGAUAUGGUCGACUCAUCACUAUGAAGAUCAAUGGUUUCGCUCGAGUUGCAGUCUUGGACGGUAUCGCAGCUGAUGGCGUAAUCCAUGUUGUUCCCAACGUCCUCAUACCACCUAAGACCCCCGGUGGAAUCGCAGUUGCCGAGGAUGACAUGGAUCUGGACGAGUUCAAAGCGAGGCUGGAACCGUUUGUAGAGACAGAAGAAAGCGAGUGGGUUGAGGAAGACCCUGAGCUAUAG